GGUUCACUAGACAGGGCUAGUUUACUGGGGCGGCAGCCCUUGGUCGGGAAAAACCCGAGUCAUUCCGGUAACGUAGAACCGGCUGCCAUGGGAAUGAAGUAUUGGUGAUAUUAGUUUACGAUUUCGCUCUGUAGAAGGGCCUUGACAUAGUCGAGUUGAUAGCAGAAUAGUGACAACGACAACCAGUUAAUAUGGAUUCUCUAGAAAUGAUAAGUUUUUCCAUGUGAAUUUUCACAUACAUAUGUAGAGUUUAUGAUGUAGAGAAUCUCUUUGCCGAACUUGUCAAAAUGGCAUUUGGUCGUUGUUGCUGAGUCCCGCUUAUUUAAUUUAUUUUAUGUUAUUUGUUGCUGAGUCCCGCUUAGUUUAAUUACACAGUUUUAAGUUAUUCGUCGUUUGUUAUUGUAAAUUUGCUGUAUCUUGUAUCGCCAGUUUAUGUAUAACCACCGUUUUGUAAACCGGGUUGCGUUUCUCCACUUUUGUGGCUGCUUGUAUUAAUGUACGGUAAAUGCAAUUGGUGAAACCGUUCACCUAAAAUUAUACAUACAUAAAUAUGUAUGUAUGUAUAUAAGCAGGACGAGAACAUAUGAUACUUUAAGCAGUCGCCACUCAGCCAGGAAGGUGGAAGAACGCAUCGCGUUUCUUUUCCCAUAAUCUGGUCACACUGGAUACCAACAUACAUCAGGGAACGUCAUACAUUGGCACAGAGUGCUUUGUAGGUCUCACAAUACAAAAAUUCGUUCGGUUUAUUUUCCUCUGGUCGCCCUGCUUCGACUUCGUGUUUUCAUGCUCGUUCUUCUCCACCAUCUCCACCAUCAACAACGCUCAUUUUGGCUCAUUUCUUGCAGUUUUCCCAUUUUCGCAACACAAGUUAACGGAAUUUCACGGCAAGUGGAUGUGUGGUGCGGCGAAUGGCACAGUGGGCCCAUAAAGAUAAUAAAAAAAAUACGCUGAAUAUAAAAUUGCUAAAAUAAAGCCGAAAGUGGGAGUUGAUGGGCGUAAAAUAAUUCUGUGGAACGUGAAAAUAAUUCCAAGUUUACAUAAGUGGAAAGAAAUAAAGUGCUGUUGAAAUCGUAUUGUUUUUAUCAAUGAAGAUUCAGCCUCUUAGGCCGCUGCAAGCAUUGAUUUUGCCAAACUCUUACAGUUAGGGUGGGUGCCAAGGAAAAUAUGGCCGAGCAGACAAGCAUCCUUAGAAGAAGGGUGUAACAAACGCACAAAAGUGUUGAGAAAAGUGAUAUUUUCUUAAUCAACAGUUUAAACCUUAAAUGAAGACAUAUGCCAUAUGAAAGGAUCAAAGCUGAUACCCCCACAACUAGACAGCUUUAAAGAUAAAACCAAGCAAAAGUAAGACGAAAGUUGGAAAAAAUAAACUCUAGGCAUAAGACUGAUUGAAGAGAAUAGUAGUGCUCAAUAAAAAACGGGGAGCUGACUGACCAAAGCAAAUAGGAAAUCAACUGCUAGAAAACCACCGAAAAAUUAGACAGCUUCCCACCACUCCAAUUAAAAUAAAGCAAAAGAAUUAAAGACUAAACGUAAAUAAGAUUUAAUUGAAACUAAAACUCACAAUUAAAGAAUGUCGUCGAGCUUGAAGGAGAAAGUAACGGCUGCUAUACGAAAAUUUAAUAAGAGUCGAAGUCGUAGUGGCAGCGGUGACAAAACAGCUGAAGCUGGGGGCGACGGAGCUAAUGGGAAUAACUCUGGAGGUAAUGUCGGGGGCAAUGUAACAGCAAAGAACUCAAAUGUAAACGCCAUGGCCACAGGCGUGACAGCUGAAUCGCCAGGCAAACGAUUGCGAAGACAGGAUAACAAAGUUUCACCAGCCACAAGUCGUAUGGUUAUGUCGGUCAAUGCUCAACAUGCACCCGACCACAGUAUUCGCGCUCGUCGUUUGAUGAAAGAGUACAAGGAGAUACAGAAAGUGCACAACAGCAAAAAGGACCCAGUUUUCACGGUGGAGCUUAUCAAUGACAACCUGUACGAAUGGUAUGCCCGUCUGCAUAUCAUCGAUCCAGACUCAAAGCUAGCGAAAGACAUGACCGAAAUGAACAUUCCAUUUAUACUCCUGCAUCUAGUUUUUCCCGAUAACUUCCCAUUUGCACCGCCAUUUAUGCGAGUCGUCGAGCCGCGCAUCGAGAAGGGUUUCGUAAUGGAAGGUGGAGCUAUUUGCAUGGAACUUCUGACGCCACGCGGCUGGGCGUCAGCGUACACUGUGGAGGCGGUGCUAAUGCAAUUUUCAGCGAGCUUAGUGAAGGGUCAAGGACGUAUUGUGCGAAAGACCAAAAGUACAAAGGAAUUUAGCAGACGCACCGCGGAGGAAGCGUUUCGAUCAUUGGUAAAAACCCACGAAAAAUACGGGUGGGUGACACCGGCACUCGCUGACGGCUGAAUUGCCCAUGGAUGUAUACUCGUACAACACUCACCUGUAUACACUCAAAACGUUAGUAUUAACAUUCAAAUUAAGCUGUCACCACAAAUAAAAGCACGAACACACAAAACUAUGUGAGAUUCUGGUCUAACAAUAAUGAGCAAAAAUAUACUCGUAAUUAAGUGAAUUCCAUAUAUAAUAUAUAUAUGUAUGUAUGAGAACCACAUAAUACAGUAUGGGUGUAUGUUUAAAAAUCUGUAAAAUCCAUAUUAGAUUCCUUAACGUUUUUGUUAAAGAACUGCCACAAGAUAAUAAUUUUUUAUUAUGUGAUUUGUAUUAAUAGUCGCGUUCGAUAACACAAACAUUUGUAAUAGUUAUUCCUAAUUUUUUCAAGUAAAAAAAUUAUCCAUCGUUCAUAAAUUGAGAGAACAAAGUGACAGUUCCAUGAACGAGAAACGUUCACUUUCUGCUGAAGCAAUUUUAGCCAACCGAAAAUUGUCCAUCACCAAAAUAUACGGUCUGAAAGCAUAUGAUGGAACUUUUUGUAAACAAAAAAAUUGUGACAUGAAAUUAACAAAAUUGUGCCAUUAAACGACAAAACAAAAAAAACCUCAUAGAUAACACGAAAAAGUUGGUCUGUUGUGUCUUUCUAUCAGUUUUUGCAAGAGAUGGCAAAUUUUCCGUUCGAAGUGGGAUUACGAAGAUUUUUUUUUUGUUGCCUUUAUCCUUAUAAAUAUCUUUACAUUAGAAACUAGUCGAAUAAACCCGGAUUAAAACCUGGAUGUGGGGUUUACACCGGAAAAUUUGUCAUCACUUGCAAAAAUCGGUAGAAAGACACAACAUACCAACUUUUUCGUGUUAUCUAUGAGGUUUUUUUUGUUUUGUCGUUUAAUUGUACAAUUUUGUUAAAUUCAUGUCACAAUUUUUUUGUUUACAAAAGUUCCAUCAUAUGCUUUCAGAUCAUAUAUUGUGGUGAUGGACAAUUUUCGGUUGGCUAAAAUUGCUUCAGUAGAAAGAUAUAUCAGACCAACUUUUUCGUGCUAUCCAAAUUUUCCGUUCGUAACCCCACAUCUACAGCCAGGUCAACCUAACUUAACCUAACCCCACAUCUACUCCUUCUACCAUUGUACAGAUCCAUAAGUAAAAACACUCUCUGUCGGUCGUAAACAAAUCCCCACAACUUUUUUUUUUUUUUUUUUUUUAUUAUUCCUACAUUAAUCAAACAUCUGUCAUACUGACAUCUAGUACAUUUUUUGACAAUUAGUUAGGAAAAUUAUUAAAUAUAUUUCAUCAUGGCCAGUGCCAAGACGAAUACAGCGAGAUAUACUGAGAUCACCGGAUUCCAAAACGCUCUUUUAUGUAUCAAGGUUGCAUAAAGAAUUUCAAAAUCUCAUAGAAAAUCGUAUCAAAAAGUAUAAAAAAUGUACAAAUUUUGAUAUUUCUUAAUAAAAAAGCAUUUUUAAAGCUAAGAAGUAUAUUAAAAAUAUUUCUUAUUGGAAAUUUUCCGAGUCAAAGAUAUUUUGUAUCGUUUUUUUUUUUUUUGUCAAUAUUCAAUAACCGUAAAAAUUCUAUUCCAUACCAUAAAAAUUCUAAUUUGGCAUAGCCACCCCGCCAAUACGCUCAAGCGUACCAAGCACUCCUAGUAUUACACACGUAGGCGCCUGCAAACUCACAUCUAGGGUGCCUGCCAAAAAAAGUAGGAGGAAGAAGAGUAUUUUUACUUGUAUUUCUGUAUAAUGCCUUCAUCUGUCAAAUUCCUGUUUUAACUUUGUCCUGUUUUCUCAUGUGGGCAGCUUGCUGUCUUAAAACCACAUAAAACAAAUCGGAUCGCUGUAUUCGAACAUGCAAAUGGCGCGGUGACUACUAAUAUAAAUGACAGCUGAUAUUGGUAAGAAUUUCGGUAAGGCAGAUUUGUUUGAACAGUGAAUUUUGCGGUCUCUGCCUGAUGUUUUCGUAUUAACUUUUCUAAUAUAUAAGUAAUCUAUACAAGGUUAAAUACAAUGGGCUUUUUAGCCUGAGUGUUUUAGGGUGCUCCUUGGCUCGACAUUUUCAAAUUUCAAUCUAUACAAGGUGUAGAUGUGGGAUUAACUUUCUUGCUUUUUCUUCUCAGUAUCAGAGAUUUUUCGUUCGUGCACUAGAUUUGGAUUGAUGGCUGGUGAUGGCUAAUUUUGUUAUCGAACACAACUAUUGUAAGAUAUAUUUCAAAAACCAAAAAGGCAUUAAUACAGGGUGUUGCAUCUACACUUGACAUAUGAGAUCUUUGAAUGACUUUGCUCGACUUGUUUCUUCCACAGCCUGUGCAGCACAAUUCUACACGUAGAGCGGGUGUAGAACGAGCAGAAAUUAUAAUAUUUUAUUUUGCAAAUAACUCUUUGAAUAUCUUAACCCAGCGUGCGUACCGUCGACACACAUUUCACUCUCAGCAAAACGAAAUUGUCUGUUCUGUGUCACUGAAAAUCUUUUAAUCGCGCAUUUAAAUUGUAUUAUAUCAAAUAACAGGAGGAAUUCGAAAUUGAUGCAUUUUCACUAAAUUAUUGAUAGUUAUCAUGUGUCAAGUGUAGAUGGAACACUCUGUACUGUGAUUCAAUUUCUGUAUCUGCAGUUUUAGUAACUGUUAUUUCAUAAUUAUUAUUUGAUUUAAUUCAGACAUAGAUCAGUACUUUUAUAAGGAACCAUAAAUGAAAUAAAUUAUAAGUAUAAAAUAAUAGCGAAAUAAAGUCAUUUUCAGCAAUUCGCUAAUUCACAAGUUAACCAAAAACCCUCCAGCAACAUCUUUAAACAUGCAAUUAGGAUCCAAAUUAAAAAUAUCAAUGCUACUCGAACUUAUCGAGAAAAUAGAAGUCGCUAUAACCUCAACUUCACAGUAGUGGACGCUUAAAUUCUGUACGGAUCCGUUCUAUAUUUUUGCAUUAAUUUCAAGAUUUAAUUUACAAUGCAGUUACAUAAAGCCAAGCAAUGGAGCGCGUAUCGAUCAAAAUAAAGAUUUUCAUCAAUCAAAACCAUUUUUUAUUUUAUUUUAUUUAUUAAAAAUGUUAUUCAAACAGCAAAAUUGGAUGAUUCAUUUUGCGCCACCGUGUAUAAGCUAUUGCCGCAUUUGCACCUUAGAUAAACCUAUGUUGUUAAAAAAUUUGUGUACCAAACUUAUAAAAAUGCUGAACCAUCUUUUUCUUUAUUUUCCUAGAUUUAUUGUUUAUAAAUUAAGGAAACGAAGCUGUGUUAUAAGAUUUGGAAAGAAAUUGUGUGUAUAUUUUGUAAUUUAGUAGGUACUGAGUUUUAAUACCAAAAAAUUACUUUGUCAUAUGCAGAAUAAGUUAUUUAUAAUGGUUCCAAAGGUUAGAAUAAUUUAUUUAUAAUGGUUCCAAAAACUAUUAGUGCGUAAUCACUUAUUAAUUAUGUACACCUUAGAAAUAUUAAUAUAUGAAUUUAAAGCCCACAUGCUUGCGAAUAGCAAAUGCAAAUUGGACAUUGGACCGUACAGGCAAAUGAACUACAAAAUGGUUUGAUUGGAUCCUUUUGCAUCUUGUAAUGGUAACGCUCGCUAUGAUUAUUUGUACGUUAGAACUUCUUUGUCGUUUAAAUAUGUAUGUAUGUAUGUACGUAUUUGAAACUAUGCUCCAAUAGUUUAUCUAAAUCUAUUCCUCAUCGAAAGUUUACCAAAUUGUUUACUUGCUCCGAACUAUUAACAUACCUACCUACAUACAUACCCAUGUAAGUAAACAUUGUUCAGUAUUGUAUGUAUUUUGAGUAAUUUUUAAAUGAAAAUACAUAUGUUUGAAUAACUUAAUAAACCUCUAUGUGUAACAAAUAAAA